ACCAUUGUGGGCCGCAUGUAUAAAUUUAUAUAUUUUUUUACUAAAGUAGAUCUAGAGCACCACACUAGUGGAAGCAAAAGAAAGCUUAAAUUAAUUUUGGCUGCUUAAUUAUUAUUAAGUAGUAGUAGAUCACCACACUAGUGGAAGUAAAUGAAAGCUUAAAUGGCUUAGUCCACCACUUGGUUUAAAGAAACAGAAAGCAUAUACUUUGAGAGUCGAAAGUGAUCGAAAACAUGGAAGCAAAUUAUGAAGCAGAGGCAGAGCUCAGAGGCCAAGCAGAUAUAUGGAAAUACAUGCUCAGCUUUGCAGAUUCCAUGGCUUUGAAAUGUGCUGUGGAGCUUCGCAUACCCGACAUCAUACACUCUCACGCUAGCCCAAUCACUUUGUCCCAAAUUGCUUCUGGUUUUGCUGACUCUCCCUCUCCGGAUCUCACCUAUCUCGAACGCAUCAUGAGGUUGCUAGUUCGAAGAAACAUAUUCACCGCACAUCAUCAAUCUGACGGUGCAGAAACACUCUAUGGUCUGACUCACUCAUCCAGAUGGCUCUUAAGGGACUCGGAGUUGAGUCUAGCUCCGAUGUUUGUAUUGGAGACCCAUCCAUCGCUAAUGGCUCCGUGGCACUGUUUCAGUCAAUGUGUCAAAGAUGGUGGGAUCGCUUUCAAGAAAGCCCAUGGCCGUGAGAUUUGGGAAUUUGCAUCCCAUAAUCCUGAUUUCAACACAUUGUUUAAUGAUGGGAUGGGUUGCACGGCUAGGAUUGUUUUGAGGGCAAUCGUCUCAGAAUAUAAAGAUGGGUUCGACCACGUGGGAUCAUUGGUUGAUGUUGGUGGUGGGAUCGGUGGGGCCAUCGCUGAAAUCGUCAAGUCCUAUCCGCACAUCAGAGGUAUCAACUUCGAUUUGCCACAUGUCAUCGCUACAGCUCCCGUUUACCCUGGAGUUUCCCAUGUGGGAGGUGAUAUGUUCGAGGGCAUUCCAAAUGCUGAUGCAAUUUUCAUGAAGUCGAUAAUGCACGAUUGGGACGACGAGAAUUGUGUAAAGAUAUUGAGAAAUUGCAGGAAAGCAAUAGGAGAAAAAAAUGGAAAAGUUAUCAUUGUGGACAUUGUUGUGAAGUCUGAAGGUAAUGAGAUUUUCGAUGAAAUGGGAAUGGUAAUUGAUCUAUUAAUGCUUGCACAUACCACUGGAGGGAAAGAGAGAACUGAGAAGGAGUGGAAGAAAAUAUUGAACGACGGAGGUUUUACUCGCUAUAAAAUUAUCAAAAUUCAAGCCAUACUCUCCAUUAUCGAGGCUUAUCCAGAAUGACUUUUUUUUAUUUUUUAUUUUAUUUUAUUUUUUAACUUUAUUGUUUUACUUCAAUUUGGUUGAGGAUAUGUUUUGGUAAUCCCAGCAUAGAACUACGUUCAUGGUGAUUCUGGUUCCAUCUCCCCCCUUACUUGUAUAAUCAAGUAGUUUAUUGAAGUUUUAUUUAAGUAAUUUUAUGAAAUAUUAGUGUGGAAAUGCUCUGUUUCGA